CCCUUAUAUAAUUUCCCUCUCUUCACACACACAAAUCAUUCACUCUCUCUCAAUAUCAAACAAUGUCGACUCUCUGCGUUCCAGCUCAGGUCCCCCCAGUCUCCGAAGACUGCGAGCAGCUGCACAAGGCAUUCUCAGGAUGGGGAACCAACGAGGACUUGAUCAUAUCGAUUUUGGGUCGUAGAAAUGCCAGCCAACGGAAGCUGAUCAGACAAUGUUAUGCCGAGACUUAUGGUGAAGAUCUGCUCAAAGCUUUGGACAAGGAACUCUCAAAUGACUUUGAGAGAGUUGUGUUGUUGUUGGCACUGGACCCUCCAGAGCGUGAUGCCUACUUAGCUAACGAGGCAACGAAGAAGUGGACAGCGAGCAACCGGAUCCUCGUGGAGAUUUGUUGCACGAGGUCUCCAAAGGAUCUGAUUCUCGCAAGGGAAGCCUAUCACGCUCGUUACAAGAAAUCUCUCGAGGAGGACGUUGCUUAUCACACGAAAGGAGACUUCCGCAAGCUCUUGGUGCCCUUGGUGAGCUCAUACCGUUACAGUGGAGACGACGUGAACCUCCAUCUUGCUAAAUCGGAAGCCAAGAUCCUGCGUGAGAAGAUCACUGCAAAGGAAUACAGCUGUGAUGACAUCAUCAGAAUCUUGACCACGAGGAGCAAGGCGCAGAUCAAUGCGACACUCAACCAAUACAAAAAUGAGUUUGGCAACGACGUGAACAAGGACCUGAAAGAAGACCCUAAAGACGAGUUCCUCACGCUACUGAGGGCUGCGGUGAAGUGUUUGGUCUACCCGGAGAAGUACUUCGAGAAGGUGCUCCGCCUUGCAAUCAACAAGCUAGGGACGGACGAGGGGGCCCUGACCAGGGUGGUCGCGACAAGGGCAGAGGUGGACAUGCAGGCCAUUAAGGAAAUAUACGAGAAACGGAACAGCGUGCCCCUCGACAAAGCCAUCUGUAAAGACACCCGUGGCGACUACGAGAAGAUGCUGCUGACCCUCAUCGGGCAUGUCGAAGAAUGAGAUUCGGGAGAUGUAUCAGAAUAAAAGGCUUCUUUGAACUCGUGUAUCUUGUUCUUGUUUGCUAUGUUUCUGCACUGGUGUUUUUGUUAUGAGCUGAUGAAUAAUGUUGUGUGAUUA